UUGAUAAGGAUAAUAAAGUGCUAGUCCUUCGUUCCGACAUUUUUGCUUUUUAGUUUCAAAGUAUCGUUGAUGCUAUACUAACAUUCAUGAUGUUUUGGGUUGCAAUUUUUUGUGUCGUUUCUUUGACUGUUGACUGUAGCGUUGGCAACUUGAACGAGGACACAGUUUUUGACGUCCGGGACAUCAAGCGUAUCCUUACGGAGCAUCAGCAGCAGAUUGACACCAUCAAUAAGGCAAAUGCUAUUCUUGUUCUGAGAAUGAAUGUAAUGGAAGAGGAAAACCGAUUAAUGAAAUCGAAAUUAGCUAACGUAAAAUGCAACGUACCUGAAGAGGAACUCAACCUUCAAACUCAACCCAACGACGGACCAGUGAAACCAACGAUAACAACUCAAUCUGGUUCUGAUGACGCAACAAUGGACGAAUACGGACCCGAUGAGCACGGGCAAAGAAAAAUGACCAAACGAAAUGCUCCAGGUGACAGCACCCUACAUUUGAAACAGCCCCACUAUAUCAGGAGUGAUAUCCGAACGAUAUCAGGAAACCAAGUUGGAUUCUAUGUUACCCUCCGAGGACUUCGAGGUGUUUCCUUGGGAAGCCAUCAAACAAUACCGUUUGAUAACGUUGUAACUAAUGUCGGUAACGGAUACAGCAAAAUGAAUGGCAUCUUCUCAGCACCGGUCGAUGGCAUCUAUUCUUUCACAGCUAUUGUUCGUAGCUACAUGAAUUCCGAAGCGCAUCUCAUAAUUACUAAAAAUGGAGAACGUAUCGGCAAUGUUUACAAAGGUGAUCAGGACAGAACUGCAACAUGUACGGCAGUGCUGGUCCUGAAUGCAGGCGAUCAUGUAUAUGUUCAGAAUACGAAUGCAAGUGUUACCGAUCUUUUCGGAUUUGACUAUAGCUCCUUCUCCGGAUUUCUCAUCUGAGGUUUGAACUUAAUAAACUGGUACGCGACCUUUGUUGUUUGCGUAUGUUGUUAACUUAAAGUGGUUUCUUAAUGCAAGCACAUGGUGACAUGGGAACUCUUAUAUUUUAAGGUGAGAUAGUCACUGAGAUUGAAUUUAUCCUUUGAGUUUAAAUGAGGGUUCAACCGUGUCCAUCACCUAGCGGACUGGCAGAUGCAGUGAUGUUGCCCUAGUUGCCCGGGCAAUACCCUUUUUCUGUGUCCAAAAUUAAUCUGACCCAAAUAUAUUUGAAUAUUUUCCUCCAUUUCAUAUGCG